AUGGAGUUUGAUAUGAUCAUUCACAAUGGGCUGAUUGUCUCAGACACCACCGUGCUGCCGCUGGGCAACGAGAUCGGGGUGAAAAAUGGCAAAAUCUCCUGUAUAGGAAUGUCUUUGCCGUCUGGGCCGAAGACCGAAAGAGUCGAUGCCGAAGGUGCAUAUAUCACCCCCGGGGGCGUAGACGCGCAUGUCCAUCUUGCGCAAACAAAUGCUCCUACGGGAGACACCUGGGAAACUGGAUCUCGAAGCGCCAUUGCUGGUGGUACAACCACAAUCCUGGCUUUCGCGUCUCAGAAGAGAACAGACACCUCAUUAAUACCGGUCUUGGACGACUAUUACCAGAAGGCUCGAGGCCAGAGCUAUGCCGACUACGGAUUUCACUUCAUCCUUACAAACCCUACACGCGACAUCCUGCAAAAGGAAUUUCCGAUAAUGGCAAACGAAAAAGGCGUUACCAGUGUUAAGCUGUAUAUGACGUACGAACCGAUGAAGCUCACGGAUCGCGACCUCCUGGACAUCAUGAUAUCCUGCCGCGCCCUGGGCCUGACGACCAUGAUUCACGCCGAAAAUUCCGACAUGAUUGCGCUCAUCAUUGAAGGACUAGAGAGGAACGGCAAUACCGAUCCUUUUUACCAUGCCAUUGCGCGACCCAGGAUUGCGGAGGAUGAAGCGUCCUAUCGAGCCAUCUCGUUGGCGGAAUUGGUUGGCGCACCUAUUCUUAUUGUGCAUAUGUCGUCCAAAGUUGCAGUGGAGCAUGUACGACACGCACAGGCGCGGCUUCUGCCCAUCCACGCUGAGACAUGUCCACAUUACCUAUUCCUCUUGUCGGAAAAUCUCAAAAGUAAGCCAUCUGACCACUUCUGCGGGGCGAUGCACGUCUGCUCACCACCGCUACGGCACCGCGUGGAGGAUCUCGAAGACCUGUGGCAGGGCAUCGCCAAUGGCACGUUCACUGUUUUCUCCUCCGACCACGCCCCUUCCAAGUACGAUCAUCCUGGCGGAAAGAAACUUGGCCUCGUGAACGGGAUCCCGAUGUUCUCCAAGAUCCCCAAUGGGCUGCCUGGAGUCGAGACCCGGCUGGCCCUGCUCUUCAGCGAGUCAGAAGCAUGCUUACCACCCGCCGAGGCUCGACUGAGUCUUCCACGUUUUGUCCAGCUGACUUCAACGAACCCUGCCAAGAUGUAUGGCCUAGGAGGCUGCAAAGGUUCAAUACUGCCAGGCUAUGAUGCAGACUUUGUAAUCUGGUACCCGACAUCCAGUGAUCAAGCACCAACGGAAAUUACACAAAAAAUGCUACACCACGGGGUGGACUAUACGCCUUUCGAAGGGGUCAAAAUCCGGAACUGGCCAAGAUACACCAUUCUUCGUGGAAAGGUCGUCUGGAACAGAGAUUCCGGCAAGGUCUUGGGAGAGAUGACUUACGGCCAGUACCUCAAGCGCGGCAAGGGUGAGGUUCUAGUUGGGAAAUCCUCGCUUACUCCUCGGGGAAUGCUUGACAACGAACGCGAUAUGUGGAUGCCAAAACGGUGA